AUGCAACUUAUAAAGUUUUUGGCGGAGGCGAUCAAGAGUAGAUACAAUUCUACGCAAGCAGGGCCUAGGGCUGUUGAACUUCCACAUCUGAUAUUAAAUGACAUGAACGUUCGCAUAUCAUAUUCGACCACAUGGAGAGCUAAAGAAGUGGCAAUCAAACAUGUUAGGGGUGAUGAUGAGAAAAGUUACAGGUUUUUACCUACCUAUUUGUACCUCCUUCGUAAAGCAAAUCCAGGCACAAUCUAUCACCUCCAUUCGACAUUAGAAGUUGAUGGUAAACAAAGGUUUAAGUAUGUUUUCGUUUCUCUUGGGGCAUCUAUUAGAGGACUGAAAUAUAUGCGGAAAGUGGUCGUUGUUGAUGGAACACAACUUCAAGGUCGGUACAAAGGAUGCCUACUAAUUGUCUCAGCCCAAGACGGUAACUUUAAUAUAUUUCCCAUUGCUUUCGGUGUUGUUGAUGGGGAGACAGAUGCAUCUUGGUGUUGGUUCUUUGAUAAAUUAAAGGAUAUCGUUCCAGACGAUGAAGAUUUAAUGAUUGUUUCAAACCGACAUUCUUCAAUAUAUGAAGGGAUUAGUGUAGUGUACCCCAAUGCGCAUCAUGGAGCAUGUAUAGUCCAUUUGGAGAGGAAUAUUUCUACAAGCUAUAAUAGAUUUGGAGUAUUUGGAUUGUUUAUAAGCGCUGCAAAAGCUUAUCGGGUGAGAGAUUAUACAAAAUAUUUUGAGGAAUUAAGGAUUCGGAGUGCAGAAUGCGCAAAAUAUUUAGAGGAUAUUGGGCUGGAGCAUUGGAAAAGAGCAUAUUGA